AUGCGUAGUUACUGUGGUACCAAAUUCGCCCUAGAAGGCUGGUACGAAUGUCUGAAGCAAGAAACUGAUCAUCUGGGUAUCAAGAGCGUGAUAUUUGAACUCGGGUUCUUUCGCACCAAGAUCAUGGACCCAGCGAACGUUAAACUUCGCUCGGAACCUAUUGAUGAUUAUAAACCUAUCCGCGACGGCGUCGCACAAUUUGUCCAGAGCAUCAAUGGUCAUCAGCCCGGAGAUCCGGAGAAGGCUGUGAGAAUCAUUAUUGACGUUGUGAAGGAGGAAGGCGUGGCACAAGGCAAACCUCUGCCGGAAAGGCUGCCCCUGGGCCCAGACUGUCUGACGACUUUGAGGAAGAAAGCUGUCAGUAAUUUGACUAUCUGUAACGAGUGGGAGGACGUGAUACGGAGCACGAACUUUGAUUAG